CAUCUCACAGUGAACACCUCUACUCCAUAGACGCGCCAUCACUCUCCACCGCCAUGACGACUAAGCAGCUUUCAUCGAUGCUGUUGGUCUGGAGUGCACUAGCAACAGUCGUCAUCGCCAGCCCCGUGGCAGAACCAGAAGCUGACCCGAUGGCGGAUCCGGACGCUAAAGCAGAACCUAUGGCGACCGACCCUUACCGUUCCCCGUAUCACAGUCCCGUUUUGUUCCAUCCUUCAGCACACUUAUUACAACCAUUCUACCAGCCUGUAUACAAACCUGACCUAUCCAUCUACCAUCCUAAAGGCAAAACACUCAGUCAUCCUAAUGCGUACGCACCCGAUUUAUUCUACCAGAAACGUGAGCCAACAUACAAGCAUGAGCCGGACUUCAAGCACGAACCGAUUCAGAUCCAUCAAACAAUCUACGCACACGAAUCCGAGCACAAACAUGAACCUUUUUAUAAACCAGCACAUAUCCACAAACACGAACCAACGUACAAGCAAGAACUUGUCUUCGAAACGGAGCCAGUAUACAAAUCUGAGCCUGCCUACAAACACGAACCAACCUUCAAACAUGAACCAAAUUUCAAACACGAAUCUGUCUACAAACACGAACCAACUUUCAAGCAUGAACCAGAGUACAAACAUGAACCAGCGUACAAACACGAACCAGUGUACCAACAUGAGCCAGUCCACAAACAUGAGCCAGUCUAUAAGCACGAACCAGUUUACAAGCCCGAACCAAAAUACCACAAACCAGAACCUAAGUACCACAAACCAGAACCUAAGUACCACAAACCAGAGCCUAAAUACCUGAUAGCGGAACCAAAAUACUUACCGGACCCAGUGUACAUCCAAGAGCCAUCGUACCAUCCAGCACCAGUUUACAAACCUAAGCCAGUCUACACUCACGACCACUACAAGAGUCCUCACGACGACUACAAGAGUCACCACGAUGACUACAAGCAUGAACCAAAACCGUAUGCAUUCGACUACGGCGUGAAGGACCACUACACUGGCGCUAACUUCGGUCACUCCGAGACUUCAGAUGGCAAGAACGUGCAAGGCUCGUACUCCGUAGCGCUGCCUGACGGUCGCAUCCAGCACGUGAAGUACGUCGCUGAUCACCAUAACGGAUACCAGGCCGAGGUGACGUAUGAAGGUGAAGCCCACUAUCCCGAGUACCAUGGGAGCUACAAACCACAACCUAUCUACCACAACGACAUACACAAACAUCACAGUCCGUACUCGCGCUACCACUAACGAUUUUUUGCAUGAAAAGUGUACUUAGUCACGACCAAAUAAAUACUGUAAUAUAUUAUCGAACGAGAUGGAAUGUAGGAAUAUUACAUAGUUUUGAUAGUUGAAAUAAAUGCCAAACUAUGAUACUUUCCAAU